GUGAAUUUAUUCCACGCGUCAGUCCAAUCCAUUAUUCAUGAGAAUGAACGUUUGUAUUCGUAUGUACAGAUUGCUGAUCGACGACCGGAUGCAUAACAAAAUAAUUAUAAAUUCGAAGUCCAAAUACCCUCCCUUACAACUCAAACAUUAAUCUAAAUUUUAUUGAACAACGUCAUGCGCUAGCAAAAUUCAUUAUAUGGCUUUGUUACUCUGGCCUGACAGUUUGUUUGAUAAAAUAAAAUAAUAUUUGUUACUUUAUAACAUAAAACUUCAUUUUCUUUCCAAAUAUGUUGUCACAGUUUGAUUACUUGGCUGAUGUAACAUUAUCUACUUGCAAUGAGCAACCAUGUACUCGGACUUUCUUUACUUUCAAUGUUGUUGGCUUGUUCAUGCUUAACUUUCACCGCCGCAAACUUGGAACGUGGACUUUCGGCAAAGGAAACUGAAUGGUACAAUGCUAAACGUAAUUGGACGCUUCGCUCGCUUAAGAAUAACGAAAUCAAGAAGAUCACAGGCUUUGUAAAUAUAAAAAGACUCCAGAAUAAUAUUCUGCCAUAUCUGUUAGUUACGAGACCAUCCGGAUCAAGCAAUAUUGAAUAUGUUCGUCGCCUUAUCAUCACAUUCCUCCAAUUAAUUCUGGGCUGGACUGUAGAAUUAGAUACUUUCGUCGGGUAUCCACCAUAUCCACACAGACCUACUUCCUUCACAAAUAUCAUUGCAACCUAUAACCCUCGAGCAGAGAGACGUCUAGUGUUAGCAUGCCACUAUGAUUCCAAAAGAACCCCAAUGCAUUUUAUAGGUGCCACCGAUUCAGCUGUUCCAUGUGGAAUGUUGAUAGAAAUUGCUGUUGUGUUACGUAAUUACCUCGACUCUUCUUUUUACAAAAAAAAUUUGACUCUACAACUCAUAUUUUUCGACGGAGAAGAAGCUUUCGGAAAAUGGACUGACACAGAUUCACUAUACGGUUCGAGGCACUUGGCUAAAAAAUGGCACAAUACUCGAUGGCCUCUCAAUAAUAUUGAGUCCAACAACACAAUGUUAGAUGCAAUUGAUCUGCUGGCACUUCUUGAUUUGCUUGGUAGUUCGAAUCCGAAAUUUUAUAACAACAGAUUUGUGAAAUCUGAACACUUCGCAGACUUGAUUCGAAUUGAAAAAGAAAUAUUUGGGGUAAAUCUAUAUUUCAAGAAAAAAAUUGCAAACUCUUACGUUGAAGAUGACCACAUUCCGUUUUACACGCGUAAUGUACCUGUUUUGCACGUUAUACCGUCACCGUUUCCAUGGCAUUGGCACACUUUGCAAGAUAACAUGCAAAACCUGGACUUCACUACCAUAGAAAGACUAACGAAAAUUUUUGUUGUGUUUGUUUCUGAAUAUUUGCAUCUUGAUAUCUUAUAAUGCAAUAUGUGCCGUGCUUCCGUUAUAUAUUUCCGCUACUUGUUUUGAAUUCAAAUAAAUUCUGUAUUCACGUCUAAA